AUGGCGCAGGCUUCUGCGCAACUACUGUUCGAUGAAAGCGGGCAACCGUUCAUCGUGAUGCGAGAGCAAGAAAACCAGAAGCGCAUCACUGGUGUGGAAGCUGUCAAGAGUCAUAUUUUGGCUGCCCGCGCUGUUGCGAAUACUCUUCGUACCUCCCUCGGUCCACGUGGUCUUGACAAGAUGCUCGUCUCUCCAGAUGGAGACGUCACCAUCACGAACGACGGAGCUACAAUCAUGGAGAAGAUGGACGUGCAGCAUCACGUUGCUAAGCUCAUGGUUGAACUCUCAAAGUCGCAAGACCACGAAAUUGGAGAUGGAACCACUGGUGUCGUUGUUCUUGCUGGUGCUCUUCUUGAAGAGGCUGAAAAGCUCAUCGAUCGUGGAAUUCAUCCUAUCAAGAUCGCAGAUGGAUUCGACUUGGCUUGCAAAAAGGCUUUGGAGACGCUUGACUCUAUCUCCGACAAGUUCCCGGUUGAAAAUCGUGAACGACUCGUGGAGACGGCUCAGACCAGUCUCGGAAGCAAAAUUGUGAAUCGUUCGAUUCGUCAAUUUGCUGAAAUCGCCGUUGAUGCUGUGCUCUCUGUGGCCGAUAUCGAGACUAAGGAUGUCAACUUCGAAAUGAUCAAAAUGGAGGGAAAAGUUGGAGGAAGACUUGAAGAUACUAUUCUAGUGAAAGGAAUUGUCAUCGACAAAACUAUGUCCCACCCUCAAAUGCCAAAGGAGCUCAAAAAUGCUAAGGUCGCUAUCCUCACCUGUCCAUUCGAGCCACCAAAGCCAAAGACCAAGCAUAAGCUCGACAUCACCUCUACCGAAGACUUCAAGGCUCUUCGCGAUUAUGAACGCGAAACAUUCGAAACGAUGAUCCGUCAAGUGAAAGAAAGCGGAGCCACGUUAGCCAUCUGCCAGUGGGGAUUCGAUGACGAGGCCAACCAUCUUCUUCAAGCCAACGACUUGCCGGCGGUCAGAUGGGUCGGAGGACCUGAAAUCGAGCUUUUGGCUAUCGCUACAAACGCCCGUAUUGUUCCACGGUUCUCUGAGUUGACCAGCGAGAAGCUUGGAACUGCUGGACUCGUCCGCGAGAUCACUUUCGGAGCAGCCAAAGACCGCAUGCUUUCCAUCGAACAAUGUCCAAACAACAAAGCAGUUACUGUUUUCGUUCGUGGUGGCAACAAAAUGAUAAUCGACGAAGCCAAACGUGCGCUUCAUGACGCUCUGUGUGUUAUUCGCAAUCUUGUUCGUGACUCUCGUAUCGUUUACGGAGGAGGAUCUGCCGAACUCGCUGCGGCUAUCCAAGUUGCCAAAGAGGCUGAUCGCAUUGAUGGUAUCGAACAAUAUGCUUUCCGUGCAUUCGCUGAUGCUCUCGAAUCCAUUCCAAUGGCCUUGGCUGAGAAUUCCGGUCUUGCUCCAAUUGAAGCACUUUCCGAUUUGAAGGCAAAACAAAUCGAGACUGGAAACUCAUUCCUUGGAAUCGACGCUGUGUUUGCUGGAACGAAUGACAUGAAGGAGCAGAAGGUUAUUGAGACUCUUCUGAGCAAACGUGAACAAAUUUCAUUGGCCACUCAGGUGGUUCGUAUGAUUCUCAAAAUCGACGACGUUCGUGUUCCUGAUGAUGAAAAGAUGGGUCCAUAUUAA